GGAUCAGUAAAUGUGUGUAUUUUAGUGUUUAAUGGACGUGUUUCAUUCACAUGGCCACAUAAACACAGAUGAAGUGAACUACAGUAAGGGUGAGUGAGAACACAGCCUCGGUGACGUCACACUUCCGGGUUCGGCAGGAUAUAAACACAACGCAACGUGCUGAUGGUGGUGUGUGUGUAAACAUGCAGAGCCCAGCAGGUGUGUGUGUGUGUGUUGUGUGCGGGUUACCUGCAGUGGGGAAGUCCACCGUCACACACCUGCUCUCUGAUCGCCUUCACACACUUGGGUGGAGGACUUUUAUUAUCUCAUAUGAUGAGUUAAUACCUGAGGAGGCUUUUCGCUUCAACACACCUGAGAGGGAUGAGGAUGAGGAUGAGGAUGCAUUGAAACAGGUGGGAUGGAAGCAGCACAGACAGGCCGUGUUGGAGUGUGUGGACAGUUUUCUGCAGGAUCUCGGCGCUGACAGACUUCACACACCCACAGGAGGAGGAAUAGGACGUGUGUGUGAACGCUUUCAGGAGGCCAUGAAGAAGCAGCAGAUCGUCACAGUGUCACAGAACACACACUCUGUACCUCAGAGACUCGUCCUGCUGCUCGACGACAACUUUUACUACCACAGCAUGAGAUACCAAGUGUACCAGCUCGCCCGCAAACAUUCUGUGGGCUUCUGUGAAGUUUACCUGCAUUGUCCACUAGAAGAGUGUCUCUAUAGAAACAGGGUCAGAGGUCAGCUGGUGUCAGAUGAUGUCAUUACUGUGAUGUCCAAUCGUAUGGAGCCUCCGAACACGGACAAGAAUCAGUGGGAGAAGAACAGUGUGACUGUGGACAACACACAUGUGGUCUCAAACACACAGCUACAGGAGUUGCUGCAAGUGAUUUCUUCAGCAAUAGAAAAUCCUCUGAGUCCAAUUCAGGAUGAUUCAGAACAAAGGGAGGCAGACAGACAGCUCUGUGCCUGCAGUGUGGUACAUCAGGUUGAUCAGGUGUGCAGGAGACUCGUCUCUCAGUCCAUGGUGAAGGCCAGAGCACUAACAGCGAGCGGUGACGAGCUGAAGGCUUUAGCCCGAGACCUGAGUGAGGAGAAGACUCGGUUCCUGCAGGAGCUCAGAGUUCAGCUUCUCCAGCAGCUCGGACAGGACGAGUGUGUGUGUGUGGAGCGCGUGGUCACCAUCGCCACCGACACGUUUACACGCAGAACACACGUGACCAUGGAGCGACGCGGCCUACGGUCCACUUCCUGUCAGUAAUCAGUGUGACACACAGUGACGUGUUCAGUGCUCUGUGUGUGUGUAUGUGUGUGUGUGUGUGUGUGAGAGAACAUCAACACGUCAUCAGUUCAUUCACUUUAUCGAGCUUUUAAUAAGAUUUAAAAAAAAUCCUCUAAUUAACUUUCCUUAUUCCCUAAAUUAAGAAACUAAACUAAUUAAAUUUGUUAUGAAUUACAAUAAAACCAGACACUGAAUUGUUAAUCGUUAAUAAUAUUAAAGACAGAAAAGAUCCGUGUGGACAUUCGGAUUUACUACAUUAUUUAUUUAUUUAGAAAGUAAUUCGUUCCUUUUGUUUGUUAAUUAAAAAAAAGUUUUGUCUUUAUGUAGUGAAAACAAAUGACGUCCUUCUGUAAUUGUUUGUAUUGUAUUAGAUCACGAUGUUUACAGAUCGCUCGUCUGUCGGCACACAAUCGUUCAUCGGUUCGGACCAAAUUUAAAUGUUCCAUGUUUUUAUUCUGUGAAUAAACGCUGCUGAAAUUCUCCUUUUUAAAAUGACGUCACUACAGAACUCGAGCCACAUGAUGUUUUUAAUCAGUCUGUAAAAUUCAUACCGUCAACAUUUUAAUACACAAUAAAUUCUGUAAAACUAGUCAGAAAGUCCAUCAGCUACAAAACUCCCACAAUCCUACACGAUUCUCUCUCUCUCUCGCUCACACACACACACACACACACACACGUGCGCGCACACACAAGCACACGCGCGCACACAAACAUACACACGUGCGCGCACACACAAACACACACAGUAAUUUAUAACAUGAUCACGUAACUCUACUGAGUUUUAAGAGAUUUCUGAAAUGUAAAAAUAAACAUUUAAACCUUC